GUCGCUUUAAGACAACGGUAGCUUUGUGUCUGAUUAAUUCAAUGUACAGGCGACGCGUUAGUGGAGAAACCUUGUCGGAGGAAGCAGAGACACAGGAGGAGGCUGAGCCGCACAACAUCUGGAUUUACGCACGAGCAACACCUGGAGCUGUUUGUUUGAGAUCAGUGUUAUUAGCCGGAUGAACAGUGGGGUGUGUUUUUAAAAAAAAGAAAAGAUGAAGUCAUGUUGAGGAUGGAUUGUUUGGAGUAAAAGUCUGCAUCACCGCGCGACAGGAGGAUUUUUUUUUAUCCAUCAGCUGGAGUAAAAAAAAAAACCCAUCCGAUCUCAGGAGGAGGAGAGAAGAUCAUGUCAUCAGAAAAACACGGUCUCGAUGACUCUGGCCGUCAGACCAUGCAGCCUCCUCCGUACCUCUCCGGCCCGCAGGACCCCAACGUCCCCCAACACCCCAACAUGCCUCCUGCGCCGGGCACCCAGCCCAGCUACCCUCCGCCGCCACCUCCCCCGGGCUCAGAGGGCUACCUCCAGGAAACCCAGUUCCACUGCGGCCCUCUGGGGCCUCCCGGGGCCCCGCAGGGCUACACCGUCCAGACACAGGGACCCGGAGGCCCCAUGUCUCACCCACCCGUUGGAUACCUCCACCCGGGCUACCCACUGCAGCUGCAGCCCUGCACGGCUUAUGUACCCAUCUACCCCAUGGCGUCGGGUCAGCCCUACAUGCCUGCAGGAGGAGCCCACCCAGGAAUCCCACCGGGACAGAUUCACCCCAUGCAAAUGCCGCCCAGCAUCACUCUUAUGGACCGCCGGCCGCCACACGACUAUCUGCCCAUCGCCGUGCUCACCACCGUCUGCUGCUUCUGGCCGACGGGCAUCAUCGCGAUCAUCAAAGCUGUGCAGGUGCGUACGGCGAUAGCCAGAGGGGACAUGGUGACGGCGGAAAUAGCCUCCCGAGAGGCACGCAACUUCUCCUUCAUCAGCCUGGCCGUGGGCAUCGCCUCCAUCGUGCUGUGCACCAUCCUCACCGUGGUGGUCAUCAUCGCCUCGCAGCACCACGACGACGACUGGGAGCCGUAAACUCACACGCUGAUGGGAAAUUGUUGCAUAAAUUAGCUAGCUGACUACUCUUAAAUGUCUGGUGGAAUAUAGGAGCUCUGAAAAAUGCACUCAAACUGCUAAUGCUUCGCUGGCCCUCUGUGUACAGCUACACACACACAUAUACACACACAUAGCUCUGACCUAACCUGCUGCCAUCAGACACACAACAAACGACCCCCCAAAAAAAGAGACAUUCAAGCACCAAACACAAGCAGCUGUCAGCCGAGGCCCAUAUUUGCUGCAGCCGCUCAGUAUUUACACUCUGAUACGAGCUGCAGGAGGGAAAUGAAGCUCCUCGCAUUAACAAUUCAUUUGACGCUAUUUCAUUUAUACGGCCUGCUGUAGUUAGAUGAGAGGGUAAAGGUCACUGCAGGACCCUCGCAGCAGACGCCACACUCAAAGAGGUGUUUUAGGAUAAAUACACACAAGCAACUACACACGUUUUCCCUUUUAAAAAAAGUGCCAUGUUGAAGUAGUGUUGUUUUCCCGAGUAGUGUUAUUGUCGCUGAUACAACUAGAGACUGUCAAAUGGAUUUAAAGUGUCAGUGGGGCUGAUCAAUACACAGUCAACACACCAAAUGGACUCGCAAAGCGACUCGCUGACCACACACAGUAUUUAUUUUACAUUUGUCGUCUGUGUGGACGUUUAAGCUGGAUGAUAUCAUGCAUAACUUAUGAAUUCUAUGUUUGUUAAUUUAUUUAAAACCUUUCAUUUAUUCAAUAUCUACCCGCACACUGACUUUUCUCUGCAGCUACAUGUUUGAUUUGGCUUAGAUUUGAUAUCUUAUGAUGAUGUUGAUGUUGCACUUUAUAGUAACCGAGAUGACAUAGCUGCUUAGAUUCAUAGCUCUUUUGUGCAUGAUCGAUAUAAAUUUAGGCUAAUGGGCUUUCUUUGCAAAAAAAAAAAAAAAAAAGACAAAGCUUGUUGUUGGGAAUAUUUCUUAAAAGUUUCUAUUAGUGUGUGGUACAGUAUUUUUCAAAGUGUUGAUCUUUCAAAACGAGAAACAGACAAUUUAGAUGACAAGUAUUUGAAUCUCGGGAUGGAAAAUAGUAGUUUAGAAGUGUGUCGGCCUAUUUUGUGUUGCACAUCUCUUAGCUUUUUAAUCUCAGACACAGUGUGUGAGACUUUAGUCCAACAUUAGACUCUUUGAGGCAACAUGACCCUGCAUGUCAUCCUUCGUUUGUUUCCGUUUUGUCCUGAAUAUUAAGGCUAGAUGUGCGGCUGUGAGAUCACGUGACCUUGUCUGGCUCUCUACCCUCCUGUGUGAGCACAGUUUCCAUAACGUAGCUCUAUUUGUAUGAGCCAACAUGUCACAGUAUGAGCUGUUAGGGUGAGGGGUGAGGGGAGAACUGAAAAUGAAUGUUUCCAAAAAGAGAGAGAGAGAAAAUACUAAUGCCUCAUAUUGUCUUGUAGCACUUUCUGCUCGAUGAAACCUUUCCCCUGGUUCCUUUUCUCUCUCUUUCCGUCUUUCUCCUGUUCACAUGAGUUAUUGGACCUAUUGACAUAUCUCUUCUCAUCCUUCCUUUUCCUCUGUCGCUCCCCAUGAUAACGCUAUUUUUAAAAUAACUACACAUAUACAGUAUAUUGAAAAGAUUAUUGAAAUGAUGUUUGUUGACAGUGAACACAAAUAGAGACAGUAUAAAUACAGUUUAUGUCAUAAUUUAUUCUUCAAGGAAUAUUUAUUAUUAUUAUUAUUACUAUAGUGUAAGUUAGGGAUGUAUAAGAGAAGUACAUUGAACACAUCUGGGUUUGUAUUUAUCAAAUUAUACGUCAGAAGGAUCUUCAGUCCUGAGAUGCAAAUAAUGAGACGUUAAAGAGAAUCUAAGAGUAAUUCUCAAUCUUUCACUUGAUUGAUCACAUGUUUGCUCAAAAAAAGUCAUUUGGAAAAAACAAAUCCAUUUAUUGUUACUGCAUCAGUUUCCGUAGUUAGACAACUUGAGUUUAUCUCUGUUUUGAUUUGGUUUGAGUCUUUUAAUCUUUGAUAUCUUUAAAGUAACGACAAUCUAAACUAUUUGUAUGUCUGUGUAUAUAAAUAGUGAUGAAAUAAACCAAACUGGAUAAAGCAGGAAGCAACAGGGAAAACACAAAGACUGUAUUCCUGAAUAGGUUUUAUAGCCUCAUAUAUAAACAAGCCGUCCAUACAGACAUGUAGAGUAUACUCGUUACCUCUGGAGAGAUUUAGAAUAAAGUGUGUAAGACAGAUAAAAGUGCUCCAACUUGCAAAUAAGUGAAAAUAAGUUUGUUAACAUUUUAUAAUCAAAUCAGUAGUUUGACAUUUUAGGAAACGUAUUCACCUUCCUGCAGAGGGUUGGAUGAGAAGUUUGACACUGUUCCAAUAUCUUUGAUUAAACAAGAAGUUUAGCUUAGCAGCUUUGCACAAUAUAUACAUACAUGUAGAUAGAGUAGUGUGUAUAUACAGUACAUAUACAGUGAGAUGCUAGGUGGCAGAUCUGCAUGGAACCAGGCCUGCUGUCUCCCCCUGGUGCUAAACUAAGCUGACUGCUCAAGAAUGCAAAUAUGUAUUGUUACUUAAAUGUCCUACUUUUUAAAUUUUUUUUUUAGGUUUGUCAGCAGAUGUGAAUAAUUUAUACUUUCAUCUUUUACAUUAAGCCCCAAUUUUUCACCAUUAGUCGUUUGAUAAAUACAGGCCCUGCCCCCAUAUGAGGGACACGUUGAUAUUUCAGUGUUGGACGAGUAAAUGAAGCACAGUGCUUUUAUAGUAUUAUCAUUAUUGUACAGAGGGUUGUGUCAGUGAGCGUGUGCUUCGCCUGCGUCUCCCUGUGCGCUUUCUGACACAACCUUUAAUUCUCUCCUUGUUUCCCUUUUCCGUUUCCCUUCAGUUUUUUCGAGCUUGUACAGUCCAUGCGACGGGUUGCUUCAAAGAGCCAAAACCUACUUACCUGUGUACGUGUGGUUCUCUUGGGGUUCAUUAUUCUGAUUAUGUUCAUGGCUGUGUUUGCACAUGCGUUGGUUGUUUCUGACUUCAGUUGUAAUGAAUAAAGAAUCAUUCUGGGUUGUG